UACACUAAACCUUCCAUCAUCUUGUCCUAGAAAGCUCUCCAGAAUCUGAAUAUUUCUUUUGUCACACAUUCAUUUGCUUUUGUUACUCAGAACAAGACAGAAGUAACUUCCUAAACUCUGUUUCAAGAUGCACAGAAACAAUAACAAGAAGUCUCUCAACAUCUCGAGCAUGUUCCAAACCUUCAUCCCUGACAGCAACAUUUUCUCCCGACGCUGCAUUUGGGUCAACGGUCCCGUCAUCGUCGGAGCCGGCCCAUCGGGCUUAGCCGUAGCCGCGGGCUUGAAACGCGAAGGAGUGCCGUUUAUAAUCCUCGAGCGAGCAAACUGUAUCGCAUCUCUGUGGCAAAACAGAACAUACGAUCGUCUCAAACUCCAUCUCCCCAAACAGUUUUGCCAGCUACCAAACUUCCCCUUCCCUGAGGACUACCCGGAGUACCCUACCAAGUUUCAGUUCAUCCAGUACCUUGAGGAGUACGCAACGCACUUCGACAUCAACCCUAAGUACAACGAGACGGUCCAGUCAGCGAAAUACGACGAGACGUUCGGGCUGUGGAGGGUUAAGACCAUUUCCAAGAGCGGGCAGCUCGGUUCUUGCGAGUUUGAGUAUAUCUGCAGGUGGCUCGUGGUGGCUACUGGUGAGAAUGCUGAGAAAGUUGUGCCGGAUUUUGAAGGUCUUGAGGACUUCGGCGGAGAUGUUCUUCACGCCGGAGAUUACAAGUCCGGUGGAAGGUACCAAGGUAAGAAAGUUUUGGUCGUUGGAUGCGGAAACUCAGGAAUGGAAGUCUCUCUGGAUCUCUACAAUCAUGGAGCAAACCCAUCAAUGGUCGUUCGCAGCUCCGUUCAUGUGCUACCAAGGGAGAUUCUUGGGAAGUCCACUUUCGAACUAGGAGUCACGAUGAUGAAGUGGAUGCCGGUAUGGCUCGCGGACAAGACACUGCUCCUACUAGCUAGGAUAGUGUUGGGGAACACCGACAAAUACGGUCUGAAAAGACCGACAAUCGGACCGUUGGAGCUGAAGAACAAAGAAGGUAAAACGCCGGUUCUUGACAUCGGAGCACUACCAAAGAUCAGAGCGGGAAAGAUUAAAAUCGUCCCAGGAAUCAUAAAGUUCGGUCGAGGAAUAGUCGAGCUAGUCGAUGGACGUGUUCUUGAUAUUGAUUCCGUUAUUCUAGCUACUGGUUACAGAAGCAACGUCCCUUCAUGGCUUAAGGACAAUGACUUCUUUUCCGAUGAUGGGAUACCGAAAAACCCGUUUCCAAACGGGUGGAAAGGAGAGGCGGGAUUGUAUGCGGUCGGGUUCACGAGAAAAGGAUUGUUCGGCGCGUCGCUGGACGCGAUGAGUGUGGCUCACGAUAUUGCAAACAGGUGGAAAGAAGAAUCUAAGCAACAGAAGAAAACUGCUGCUGCUCGCCAUCGUCGAUGUAUCUCACAUUUCUAGUUUGGGAAAUAAAAAAAUAUAUUAGGGCAAGAAAAAAAUAUACAAAAAUGGAGAAUGGUAAAUUAGUAUUUGGAUGAGUGUGAACAAAAAAAAAGAUCAAAGAGAUAAUUAAGCCCUCUCCCCCAGAAGAAGACCCAAAAACAAAAAGUGUGAAAAAUAAAAUAUAGUUGGGUUUUUUUUCUUUGUGUUUAAGGAAGAUGUGGCUUUUUAUAUAUAUGUAUUCUGAUUUUAUUAUUUUGUUUUUGAGAGUGCUUUGUUUUCUUGUUUUUGUGUAUUAUGUUUCUUCUUCAUUUUAGAUUUUGAACUCUGUAAAAGUUUUGCUUAAUCUAAUAUGACAAAUGUUAUUAUGUUAUUUUUUAUCUUGAUGAUUUUUUUAAUUGAUUGAGCAAAAGAAGGAAGAAAAAAGAAUGAAACAACUAAGAUCAUGCUGUUUCAUUAUUGGAAGAAUACUCUCAUACGUUAAGAGCUGUUAUUUAGG